GUUUCCAAGAACCAAAUAUAUUUGGGAAAACUGAAAGUUCCGCCCUCCUGUUCGUGUUCCUGGGGCGUUGUUGUGGGAGGCUCUCAGGUAACGAGCUGUUUUAGAAUGAACUCAACAGAAAGAAUUAUCCUGGCUUGAGUGGCUGAUCAAACAAGUGCUGCCAAUGGUUCAUUUUUGGGUCUUUUUAAAGGCAUCUAAGAAAAAUGAUGACUAUUUUUUGUAUUUGUAUACAACUGCAUAAAAGUAAACCAUAGUGUGUCAGUCUCAUAUAUUACCUAUUGCACAGCUGGAAUUUAACAGAGUUAUUCAAGGUGUAGAGGAGAGGCAGUAGAGACAUGGCCGACUUUACAGGAGACCCUAAAAAUGUGUCCUUAUGUCCUAGAACAGUUAUCAAAGUACAAGUACAGGAUGCUAAAAAGGCCAAAGAUUUUUACAUCAACUACUUUGAUGCCCCAGCUAUCAAGACUGGAAAUAUUAAGGAAGACACAAUGCUUCUGGAUGGUCUUCAUAAGUGUGUUUAUAUUGAGUUUGAAGAAAGUAAAGGAGCCAGUGACAUGUGCAAGAAAGAGCAUAAAGUCACAGACAACAUUGUUUCAGUGUGCAUGGCAAAAGAAGAGGAAUAUUUAUUUCAUUACAAUUUGAUGUCACUGCAUGGACAAGAUUUUUCUAAUGGCAAAAUCAUGGAGUACAUCAAGUAUCAGAUUGAAAAUGCUACUGGAUUUUCAGUCAAAGAGCAGAUCCAGCAGGAGGAAGUUAAUUCCAUCAUCAUUGGUUUGAACAUGACAACGUACACAGAUUUAAGCACUUUACUGUGGCAGUGCAGGGAAUUGUUUUUGGAUACACCAGUUGUAGUGGCUCCUGUCCUUCUGACCAGCAGUGUGCUUGUAUCAGGCCUCAAGGAAGAUAUAACGGACGCAUCCUUGGAGCGUUACUUUGAAAACCCUGGGAGAAGUGGAGGAGGGCUUGUACAGCAAAUACAAAGAAGAGAUUUUUCAUCUGCAGUUGUGGAGUUUCAGAACACAUCAACUCUUCUGUCAGUUAAGUCGAGAGAACAUCAGCUGGAAGAUUCAAAAUUGACAAUAACUGAGUACUUUCCUUGUCUUAGUUCAAAGGCAUGGAAAUAUAGUCAGCUUCCUUUGGAAGAUCCUGAUGCUAUAAGGGCAGAUGCAAGUAAUCCUGAAGAAGCAGCUUCUGAUGCUCCCCAACAGGAAGUUAUUGCUGUCCCUGUGGGGGGAAAAGCAAACCUAGUCCUUUUGGAACGUUCAAAUUCCAUGAAGAUUCUUAAAGAGACGCAUCAUGAUGUUCUCUUGGAAAUGGAUACUACAAGAAGUUCUGUUUUAAUCUCCGGAGGAGAGGAAGAUGAAAGAAAAGAUGUACAGAUGUCGAUUUUAGAAGAAACUGCUCGGUACAAGUCUUUGGUCCCAAACCUAGAAACUUCUCAAACUAAACUGUUACAGUCUCCUUUUUUAAAAACCAGGAUGAAUCAUAUUCUACGUGAGAAAGGCAUUGAAGCUAUCAUAGAAGACACCACAUCAGGAGUGGCAGUAACUUACAAGAAUGACAACGUCAUGAAGAGUGCUGAGGUUUCCAAUAAACUCAAGACAUUCCUCCCUGUGGUGAAGAGAGCUAUUGGUUCAAAUGAGAAAUGCUUGUGGGAAACUGAGCAUGGUAAGGAUUUCCUGUUAAAAUUGCAAAAUCUCACAGACAGGGAUAAUCAGUUUUUGGGUGUGGACAUAUUGGUGGAUCCAACCGAGUCCUUUAUGUGUAUCACAGCAUUUCAAGAGGACCAGCCUGCAUUGAAGGCUGAAAUUGAUAAAUUCCUGAAGGAGAAUGAGUUAAAGUCUUUUGAAAUUAGUUUUUCUGAAAGUUGCCAGACUUUCAUGGACCAUUUCUUACAAACGGAUCUGAAAACUUUAGAAAAUGCACUGAGCAAGUCAGGCUCACAAAUGUGCCGAAACACGGACAAAAUCACCCUCAAUGGAUUUGUCCCAGGUGUGAAAGAAGGAAAGAAACUCUUAUCAAAAAUCAGGGACAAGAUCAAGGUGAAAGAAACAACUAUCAAGCACUUUGGCAUCAAAGAGUUCCUCUCUAAUGAUGAAGGAAGGCAUAUUCUUGAGUCAGUUGGGAGCCGGAAUUCCUGCGUAGUCAAAGUCAGUGAAAAGCCCGCUGCAGGGACUGCCAGGCAAGAGGGUUCUGUGGAGCCAGUGGUUCCGCCCAGUGAGGUAGCAAUGUGUCAAGUGGGGAGGACCAAGAUUACUUUUGCCCAAGGCAACAUUCUGGGAAUUCAGCAGAUUGAUGCAUUGGUCAACCCCCUAGAUGCUAAAAACGGAUUAUCAUAUGAUACAAGAUUUUCCUUGGGAAAAGCAGUUCUUGCAAAUGGAGGCCAGGCCAUUGCAAGGGAGCUGAGAGAGGCACGGUCUGGUUCAACUGUUGGAACAGUAAUUCGCACUUCAGGUGGUGAACUAAGCAGUUUCUCAAACAUCUUUCAUUUCAUCUGCCCUGUCAAUUAUGGUUCUGGGAACGAAGCUGAGCUACUUGAGCAGGCUGUGCUACAGUGCCUGAAAAAAGCUGUGGAUGCUGGGAGCAAGUCCAUUGCAGUUCCUGCAGUUGGAGUGGAUGGAUUCUUCAACUUUAAUGCCACAAUUUUUGGGAGCUGCUUAUUCCGAUCCUUCCAGAAGGUGGAGGGUGUAGAACACCUUUAUGUAUGUGACCAGAGAGGGAGCAUCAUUGAUAUUUUGUUGAAACGCUGCAAAGUCAUUCUGAAAACUGAUAUAUCUACCAUAGCAGGUGUACCAAAAGACGGGACAGACUCAAGUGGUGCUUCUAGGGGAGCAGCAGGAGUUGAUCAUCAGUCAUACCCAAGUGGGAUUGUGAAGUUUGGCCAUAUUGAUGUUGCCGUCAAGAGUGGACAAAUCUUAGAUGAGAAGUCGGAUGUGAUUGUGACAACAGUAGACAAAAGCCUGGACCUGUGCAAGGGGAGAAUUUCAAAGCUGGUCCUUGAGCGAGGUGGACAAGCUGUUCAGGAUGAGCUCGAACAAAGAUAUCAAGGUGGUAUCCAGCCUGGAGAUUUUGCAGUGAGUUCUUCUGGAAAUCUUGGCAACAAAUCCUUGUUCCAUGCGUGCUUGAAACGAUGGGGAGGCAAUGCAGAGGUGCAGCUGAAGGCCCUUGUGGACAGUAUCCUGAAGGAAGCCAGCUCCCUGCAGGCAGCUUCUAUUUCUCUGUGUGCUCUGGGAACUGGAGGCUUGAGAUAUCCUGCAGAUAAUUCUGCAAAGUGCAUUAUGGAUAGCAUCAGGCAGUUUGCUGUGGAUAAUCCAUCAUCUUCCUUACAGUCAGUGGUGCUUGUUAUACAUGAGAGGUCUCAGGAUGUGCUUCAGGCCUUCCAAAGAGCUAGUUCUGGACAUGGCCUUGCAGCUUCUCCUACUCCUAGACAAGGGGGCUCUCCUUCACUUAGAUAUGGGUCUUUGGAUGUGAAAAUACAGAAAGGAGAUAUCACAACUCAGAGUUGUGAUGUGAUUGUUGCUGGACUAAAAGAGACCAUGAACCUCUCUGGGUCAGGUGCUGUGUCAAAGACUAUUUUAAAGAAAUGUGGCUCUGCAGUCCAGGACGAAUGCAAUGCAAAAAAGAACAAUAUGGCUUCUGCUAAGUGUAUUGUGACGGGUUCACAUGGUCUACAAUGCAAACACAUUAUCUUCUUGAGUAUGGAGCACUUUGCACACAGCUGGGACAAAGGUGUUGCUCUGGCACUCAACGAAGCUGACAAACUUGGUUUGAAAUCUGUGUCAAUGCCUGCAUUUGGAACAGCUCGACCCAACACCUACGUCAAAAUGAAGGAACAAAUUUUGGGCACCAUAAAGAAGUUUGGAGAAGGAAAGCCACAGUCUCUCACAAAUGUGCAGCUGGUCAUCUUUGGACAGGAUGUUCUAGAUGUGUUCUUGGGAAAUACUAAGGCACCUCAAGAGUCUGCUCAACAGUUGAAUGUGGUAUCUCAGAGUGUUCAGGUGGAGAUCGUUUUCAGUGAUGAUACACAGUUCGAGAAAGUGGCAAAGUCUGUUGCCAAAGAAUGUGGAAAGGCUUAUAAAAUCAAAGAGGAGAAAAAGGAGCAUUUUAAAAGGUUGACUGAGUCACAGGUAAAGGAACUGAAAGCAGAGUGUCUUAAAAAGCGUGUGAAAGCUACAGUGGAUACUAGCAAAGGUUGCAUCACCUUGGAAGGAUUCUCAGUACAUCUUGCACAAGAGAUACUGCAUAGUAUGCAUCUUAAGGCCAUAAAUGAGCAGUUUGCACAGACAAGUGUUGCCUUUCACUGGCAGUACAUGUCCAGAAGCAGAUUCAGGGAUUUUGAUCCGCAGUCCAACAUCAGUAUUGAAACCGCUUACAACACGUACAAGGGCAAUCAAAAACAUCCUGGUGAUAACCGGACCUAUCAUUUUACAGUUCCAAAUGGAAAAAGUUACAUUAUAGAUUUCAAAGACAUGAAAGAGCAGGAAGUUGAUGAUCAAGGCAAACCUGUUGGGAAUGAUAUCAAAAUUCAGAGAUAUAACAUUCUUCAAGAAAGCUUGCCUUUGCACAAGGCCUGGGUUCCCAUGCCAGAUGGUCGAAACAUGUUGUUAGUAGACAUUAAAAAUGACUCUGCUGAAUUCAAAAAAGUUGAAAAGGCCUUUCAUGACAAAGGUGAAACAACUGCAGUGAAGAAGAUCCAGCGUGUCCAGAGUGUAUCCUUGUACCAGCAGUACAAAGCAAAGAAAAAAGAACUGGAGCGACACAAUCCAAAGGAUACAAAAAAUGAGAAAAGGCUGUAUCAUGGCACAGAUUCUCAAACAGUCUCGGCUAUCCUGGAGAAUGGGUUCAACAGAAAUUACUGUGGAAAAAAUGCUACUAUGUAUGGAGAAGGUGUGUAUUUCUCUGAACUUUCAUCCUACUCUAGUCGCUAUUCCCAAGCAGAUGGGAAUGGUCUCAAACGCAUGUUCCAGGCAAGAGUCCUUGUUGGAGUAUCAACUCCAGGUCAAAGUGGUAUGAGAGCGUUGCCUCUGAGGACAGGAACAAGACCUUUUGAUAGUGCCACUGGACCAAAUAUGUUCAUUAUAUUUCAUGAUUCUCAAACAUAUCCAGAAUAUGUAAUAUACUUUUGAUAGAUUUGCAUUGUGAGUUUUGGUUUGAAUGUAAGCAACAUGCCAUAUUUCAGCUUAAGGUCCAGCAGCACUGUUUAGUUGUAGGAUUUGACUUCACUCUUGUGAUAUUGUAGCAUACUAUAAAACCUGCUGUGGUUUCAAAAUGUUGACCAUCUGCAACAGGGAGCUUUUGUGCAGAGCAAAUAUUCAUAUUACCAGUAGGCCUAUAUUUGACCUCUCCUCAAUUACCAUAAGCUAGAUAAGACCUCUUUCCGUCAAGAGUAACCAUGGUGAAAUUGAUAAGUUCUUGAAAAUCAGAAUGCAGUGCUACUUCAUAUUCUUUGCAGCUUAGAGGUUUAACUCGGCUAAAUGUUUAAGCUAUAGGUUGGCAAUCCACGGGAAAGAGACCAGAACAAUUUAAUGGUCCGGUGAUAAAAUAUCAGGAAAUUUUUUUGGGAUCAAUUCUGACAAGAAAUUGUAUGAGGAAUCUAUUUCCGAUGUUUGUUUUGCAUGAAAGUAUACCUAAAACUUGAAAAAUUGCCCAAAAGUAAGCAGUAUGUUUUUACUUUCAUAAGCACUCAGAAAAUAACUGAAAUUUGAGCUUUAGCAAUAACUCCUCCAAUAGAGUGAAAGUAUCGUAUGUGUUGUAGUUGCUACCACUGUGAUCUCAGCCAAUCAUAGAUCUGCAUGCCAUUCAUAUCUAAAAGUAGCAUUGGAAACCUUAACCAAAACGUGAAGGACCCUCUUCAUAAAUAGGGAAAGCUGAAUUUUUGCAGGGAAAUUUGUUGCAUUUUUCUCUUAAUUGAGUUUUCACCAUGGCUUACUUCGUGAAGCACACUGUGUCUUCUACACUGAUGAAACUUUUGCAGCAUAAUGUUUACGUAAAUGCCUAUGUACUGCCAGAGGCUUUUGGCUUGAAAACGUAUAAAAUAUUUAGAAAAAAAAAUCUAUAAUGGGCAAAAAGUAUUGCUUUUGGACGUUAAAAUUUUGGAUGUUCUAUCCUCAUUCAAAAACUGUGAUGAAAAGCAAAAAUCUGUCUUGUCGGGACACGACACAAAUGUUAAGUGUAUCUGGCUGUUUGCAAAUUUUCAACUUUAUUAGGUAAGAAUAUUUUGUUACAGCGUGUUCCCUGUAUUUAUUAUUAUAAAAUAACAUGUCAUGACCUUUGAAUAGGUAUAUGGAACUUGACAGAAAUGAAUCCUAUUAUUGUUUCACUGGGAACAUCAAAUAAGUUUUAAGAACAGUGCAUAAAAACUACUGAAACUGAAAGCUGGCCAUGAGCAUAGCUAUCUCUCCCUAUUAAAAUAUUGUCUCAUUACACCCUCCAUAGCCUUCACCUUGUUGACUUACCCACCAGGAUUUAGUUAUUCAGGAAUCUUGAAAGGUUUAACUCUCACCAUCUGUGGCAUCGGUGGCCUAGUGGUUAGGCUCUCGGACUCGCAACCGUAAGGUCGUGGGUUCGAAUCCUGUCAGGGACCUGACGUUGUGUCCUUGGGAAAGGCACUUUACGCGAGUUUUCCUGACUUCACCCAGGUGCGAAUGGGUACCCAGCUAUAGACAGUGAAAGAACUUGUCGGUUUGUUAGUGUUUGAGCGCUUAAUCAGCUGCUUGCACUGUAUGCUUCCCGGGAAGCUGAGAAUGUUUCUGAGUGUUCUAUGGUCUGCUGGGGUAAUAAUAUAUAUAAUGCUAUCUAUUAUUAUUAUCUAUUAUUAUAUACCAAUUAAUCAGUAUUCCCAACACUUGGCCUGUCAUUUCGCUUCCAGUAAAAUGAUAAAAUAUAAUCUCCUAUAAAUGACCUAUGUAAUACAUUAUGACAUAACUGUUUGUUUAUGAUAUUGAUUUGUUGUGGGUAAGGAGAAAGGGUACUGUUCACUCCAACAUUUUUGACUUGACUUGUGAAAAUUCUUUUCUUUUGUGUGUGUACAUUUAUUAUGUGUGGUUGUCAUUGUGACCAAGGACAUGCUUCAUUAAGUGGUGGUCAUGCUUUUAUCUUUUUUUUAAAAUGGGUUUAGUGUUCCUAUGUUUGGAGCUAAUGACAAAUAACCUUUGCCUCAGUUGCAUGUCUUUUAUACUGUUGAUGCUCACUUGGCAAGCAGAGGUCUCAGUAACACCUUGGUUUUUUGGUUUUUUUAUCAACUGCACGUUGUGAUUUUGUUUAUGUAUAGCCUUUUUUUACUAUAGUAUUAAGGUCAGUUAGAUUUCUCGUGCAAAUAGCGAGUUGUGGAAAAAGAACAUGUUACUGUACUUAUAGUAGGCCUAUAAAGUGAUUUAUUGUGUUUGAUGUGACAGUUGGAAAAGAGGUUUAGGUUAGGAGUUUGAGACUGAGUACAAAAGAGCAUGACUGCAGCGGGACCUUACCUGAAUCCCCUUUUCUUUUGUCUAUGUAAACUCAAUUAACUGUGCGUGGGUUUGAAGGGGCAAGGAAAGGCCCAAACUUAGAUACAGCGGGAGAGACCGAGCAAACUCUAGCUCGAGGAAGGGGGAUGGGGGUGGGGGGCUGUAGGUGGUCAGGCAGUCAGUGGUGAGGCAUUGUGACUGGCCUAUCCAGUGAUGAGUGAGGUGGGGCAGGCGACAGAGAGAGAUGGUACAGAGAGACCCAUGACGUGAGCCACUCCAAAAGAGAUGUGCCAUAGCCCUAGGCCUAGGCUAGGCCAAAGAGACAAUAAAAGAAGAGGAAAGCGUGCAGUGUGUGAUUUUUCGGUAAUUCCCCUUUGACUUCCUAUAGCAGGAACUUGUCUACAGCGGAAUUUUUCUUCUGGAACUAAAAGUCCCGCUAUAGCCAUGUUCUACUGUACAGCUUUAGAGCUGGAGAAGAAUAGCGUGCUUCUAGAUACUGGAAAUGACUAGAUGUACGAUGCAUAUUGCCUCCCCUCAUCUUGUCCCUCUUUCUGGAAUACUUUCUCUUACGCAGAACUAACCUUUCGGAGAGGUGAUUGUUUGUUGAUAAAUACAAUUAUUCUUUUGUUUGUCCACUUGGAUUUGAUAAUGCCUUUAUUUUAGUCAUUUUUAUCUGUUACAGCCAAACCCUAAUAACUUCAUGAGAUGAGAGAAUUUUUUCCAUUUUAUUAAAUUUGGUGAAAAGCAGUGUCAAUGAAAAGUUUUUAAAAAAGGGGGAGAUGACUCAUUUCUUACUGUUUGUUGGCUUGUAUAAAAAUGUGUUGUUACUAAGAACACGAAUAAGGAUUGGGAAUUAUAAAUUAAGUGGAGUGUAAAGCUUGAUGAGCGUGUACCAAAUAGUACAAUAUAAUGCAGCUACAUUAUGCCUUGAAUUGAGUUGAUGGAAAAUUGUUUGAAUGUUCAUGCUUUGUCACACUGUUUCGAUUCCAUUUGGGCCAUAUAAUAUGAAUGAAUCGGAUUUUUUACAUUGUAAAUACUAUUCCCCCAGCCAUCAAGAACCUUGUACACUUUUAUAAUAUUCAACUUGUGUGCUUUCAGCCUCUGCAAGGCCUGCGAAGAAAUUUGAUCAUCUGCAUAUAUAAUUUGUUCUUUUUCUAUAAGAUGGGUUUUUUUCAGUAUCUUUUGUAUGAAUUGUGUCUAUGGAUUGAUAUUUAAUUUUGCAUGUCAGAAAAAAAAACUUUAUAGUACCAUAUCAGAGAAGACCUUUUCCUCUCCAGACUUUAAUUGUACUUCCAUUAUUCAUUAAAGAACAAUAUAUUAGCUCUAUGCUUAAUGAAA